UGAGGAUGUACGUGCGUCCGUCUCUCCAUGCCACGACUAGCUAUUUCGUUCCAUCUUGUGAAAAAGUGAAGCCGAGGAGCAGUAUUACGGUACUGCUGACAGUAGGCCUUCGAGGCUUGCUGGUUCUCGCCUAGUAUUUAUCCGUGUAUGUCAGCGGUUGGCGGUGCUGGGACUGACUAGCCCUCUGCCUGUGGACUAAGCGGGCUUGCAUCAUGAUCCAAAUCUUCUCUGAUAAAGUGGACACCUUUGGGAUAUCUCGCGAGAGCGGUGGCGUGGCUGGCUGGCAGUAGGGUGCAGUAGACAGAGGGAGAAGGCAGGCAGGCAGCAUCAUGGCGGACAGAGACAGUGGAAGUGAGCAGGGAGGAGCAGCCACGGGCCCGGGUGUCGGUUCCAUGCACCCAGUGACAGGAGGGGCGGGCUCGGCUUCCGGGCUGCAGCACGAGACGCAAGAGCUCGCUUCGAAACGGGUUGACAUUCAGAACAAACGUUUCUAUCUGGACGUAAAGCAAAACGCGAAGGGCCGCUUCUUGAAGAUAGCUGAAGUCGGGGCUGGGGGAAACAAGAGCCGCCUCACUCUCUCUAUGUCAGUUGCUGUCGAGUUCCGUGACUACCUGGGGGAUUUCAUCGAACAUUAUGCCCAAUUGGGUCCUAGCAAUCCUAGCGCGGCGCAGGAUGAACCGUGGCGCGCGCUAAAGAGCGAGUUCCUGGUAAGAGAAAAUCGGAAAUACUACAUGGACCUGAAAGAGAAUCAGAGAGGCCGGUUCCUAAGAAUUCGACAAACGGUGAACCGGGGGCCCGGAUUGGGAUCCACGCAAGGCCAGACGAUUGCUCUUCCUGCACAAGGACUUAUUGAGUUUCGCGACGCUUUGGCUAAACUCAUUGAUGACUAUGGAGUUGAGGACGAGCCUGCAGAGUUGCCAGAGGGAACCUCUUUGACUGUGGACAACAAACGGUUCUUCUUUGACGUGGGCUCGAACAAGUAUGGAGUGUUUAUGAGGGUAAGCGAGGUGAAACCUACGUACCGUAACUCUAUCACGGUGCCCUACAAAGUGUGGUCCAAAUUCGGAAACACUUUUUGUAAAUAUGCAGAGGAGAUGAAAAAAAUCCAGGAGAAACAGCGCGAGAAGAGGGCAUGCGAGCUGCAGCAACAGCAGGAAGAAAUGCAUGCCGAUGAUGGAGACGAGGAUUGAUAAACAGUGAGAAUACCUGCAACAUUAAUCAAAAUAACAAGAUAAAUUAUAAUUAAAACUUUACUGUAAAAAGAAAGAAACCUAAAGAUUUAACUGUAACUGUUUAACUCCAAGGGAGCACCACCCACAGAAAUCACUUCUCCACAGACUGACAGUUGCGACUCUAUGUCACCCAUCGCUGGAUGUUACCCACGUAAUCCACCAUUAAUACAGUAAGCGGCUGCUAAACAAAGUAAUAACAUUAUAUAUGAACCGUGUUUCCUACUUGAUUACAGAUGAUAAAGAACUUGAGUGUUUAUUUCCCCUUAUUAACCAAGAACUUUUCUACACGUUCAAGCUAUUACAAAAAAGGUGUUUGCGAUGUUCAAAUAGAAUUGUUGCCGAGAAAGGAGAAACAAGACCUUUUCUUGUGAGCUAAUGACUUCAGCACAAAUCAGAAAUGUUAGUUUUAUUGUCUUUAUUCUCUUUUGUUUCUUUUGAACCAAAACUUUAAACCCUUUUCAGAAGGUUGUCAUGUUUACCACCACAGGUUUCACCUGAGGGCUAGGGGUUAAAAUGUCAUGCAAACAUUCUGCCUGUCAAAGGUAGCCCACAACAAGCCAAUCCAUAGAAGGGAUCAAGUGCUUUGCAGUAUGCAUUGCACAGAUAUCACAGCUGACCGGUUGGUGGAUCUCAAAAUGAAGACCUUUCAAAAAAGGCUUAUUAAUAUUAUUAAUGUAUGUUUUAUCAACUUCUGUCAUGCUGAUCAUUGUUCUGUAUUCUGUGUCUGGUUGUCAUGCAAUGUGUAUGGGUAAGGUAGACAAGGCCUACCUGAUUUACCUUAAGGAAGUGCAGUGAUUACAUGCAGCAAUGACAUGGGUGCUUAAAGGUACAGUCUGCGAUUUGGUUUCAGUUUCUCCCAAAGGAUGUUGCUAUUUGACCCCAGCAGCCAAUAGAUUUUUACCUCUUCUCUUCUGUGCUCCUCUGAAGCACCUUACCGAUUGGCCAGGAUUGUUUAUGGCUCGGUUCGAGCCACCAUGUUUGUUUCCCUUUGGCAGAGCCGUGGCUGUAGACAGCCAAUCAGACAGCCACAGGAUAGAGAGUAGCAGUUCCCAAAAUUUGACUCAAAACUAAAGGUGUGUUGGAUGAGAAACGUGGACUGUAUCUUUGGUAAUAUAUUUGUAAUAUAGACUUUUCAACCCUCCUUUAUGGCCCAUAAAAAUGUACAGGAUCUUACAAAAGUGCUAAUGUAAAAAAAUGCAUAGUAUGAUUUUGUGAAUCAGAAGUAUUUCUGUGCUUAUGGAAAAGGAAAAAAAGAAGCAACCCACGUUUUCGGUGGGAGGAAUUUGACAAACAAUCUGUAAAAGUAUUUAAAAUAUCUAUCUAUCUCUCUAUUAUAUAUUUACAUAUAUGUAUAUACACAUCUAUAUGUAUACAGAUAUAGAUCUGUAUAUGGAUAUAUGAGCAUAUGUGUGUUUGACUGUGUGAGUGUGUGUGUGUGUGUGUGUGUGUGUAUGCACGCGUGUGUGUGUGUGUAUGUGUGUCGGAUUGUGUGAUGUGUGUGUAACAAUCUACCAAUGAGAGUCUGUGUGGACUGGAAGGCUGCUGUUAGUUGCAUGCGAACCUGUACACAACUGCAUUGGGAUGGCCAUCUCAAUAAGCAGUCUUCAAGGACCCUGCAAUCAGCUGAUUUUCGAUUAUGAUUAGACUGUUAGACUGUCUUGCCCAGCAUACCAAAUCUUUUGACUACCAGUUGUAGAAUUGACCUGGUCUGAACCAGCCGUGCCAUCAUCACCUCCAUUGAUGAGGGGAUGGCAGUUCACCAAGAUGGCAGACUAGACGUCUUCAUAUAUCUACGUAACUGGUGAGGCAGACAGUCUAGCAGCAUGUGUCUGGGUGGUAUUCCGAGAACACCAUUAAGCGAUAAACUUGGCUAAGUUAGCAUGCAGGUAGUGGUAAUCCUGCUAAUAGAUAGACCGCAGGUGUCAUUUACCGUAGUUAACAAAAUUAGGACUCCAGGUUCUUCUAUUAGAUGAUUUACCACUACCGCAAGGUUAACAUAACCUGGGGUGUAUUUCUCAAAACCAUAGUUGUUUACUACUAUGUUAGCUACUUUUUUAGUUUCGAUGCAGUUUCCCACUGGCUAACCACCCAAGUUGCUAAUUACCAAGCAACCACGCUUUUGAGAAACGCACCCCUGGUUUACUACUGAGCCAGGCUCUUGGAAUUUACUCACCUGGUUGAAGAGGAAAGCCUGACUCCAGGGGCUCCUUGGGAAGCUGUGUUGGGUGCCACUGGCAUGGAUAGCUGGUGCUGAGGAGGGAUCUCCUCUUUGGCACUGCAACAACCUGGUGCCUUACACGCUCAGAAUGCUUACACGCUGGCUGGUGCUUUGGAUUGCAGUUUGGGUUCAUGUCUUUUGAUUUUUUUCUCUUUCUUUCUUAAAAAAAAUCUUCUCAAGAUGUGUUCUAAUGAUUAUUUUUUUUAUUUUAUUUUAUUUGAAGUCCUGUCCCUCCUCCCCCCUCCUCAACCUUUUUUUUACCUUACCUCACCUUAGCGUAUCUUACCUUAGCUUACCUUUCGUUUUGACCAUACAACUAGUGAUGCCCCACUGGUUUUCCCUAUGGAGGAUACGGGCAAAUGGGUCAAAGUCGGAGCGAUUUUCCCCCCCACCCACUGUUGACCCGCUUUUUCUUCCAAACCUGCCCAUUAUCCAGGCAUCGGCCUACAUGUAAACAUGGAAGUGGGUGUUCACCUGGACAGUAGUGUGCGAGAGAUGGUUCUUCGCAUUGGAAAAAAAAAGAGCUUAGGCCAGUGACUUGCUGAGUAACCGUGAUGGGUGUUGCAGGCAGUGCAGUGCCCCCUCCAUCCGAGUAGGGAUUUGAACCACCUGCACUCCCCCCACCCCCCUCCUCUGUGUAUGGUUUCUGUGAUGCUAUGGCUUGGACAGUAAUGUGUCUUUUGUCAGAGUUGUUAAGACCUCUGUAAGAGGAAAUAGUCCGCAUGUCUCUAAUUUUUGUUUUCUUUUCUAACGUUGAAACAUUAUUCCACAUUAUUUGUCAUUUUCAACAUUUUGGCUCACAAGUUUUUAUUUUGUUUUUGUUUUUUUCUUCUUCGUCUUUCUUUCCAGUGCUAUAUUUCAUUACUGUGUGCAAUAUCGUAUGUGCCAAUUGUGGCAAUAUAUGUAUAUCAAUUAAAUAUAAGAUUAAUAUUUGAAA